CGCGGCCACAAACCCCCCGCGGUCCCCCCCGGGUCACCGUCCAGGCUCCGGCUCCUGCCCCCGGGGCCCCCGAGCCUCUCAUGGCCGCGGCUCCGAGCUCCGUCCCCGGCCGCUAGUCUCCGCUCGCCCCGGUCCCGGAGAAGAGGCUGCGGAGGCGGGAGGAGGAUGGUGGAUCUGACCGAACCGUGCGGCCUCCCCGGGGCCCAGAACCACGGGACCCGAACCGAGACCCGGACCGAGACCAAGUCCAAGCGGAGGAAACGGAAACGCGGAGGCCGAAAACGGAACAAACACAAGAACCGCGCCGCGCCGCUGCCCUUCCUGCCGCCCGAGGCUGAAGAAGGAAACAUUGAAUACAAGCUGAAGCUGGUGAGUCCGUCUUCGUACCGUUUCGAACACUUGGCGACGCAGUUGAAGUGGCGUCUGCAGGAGGGGCGGGGCCAGGCCGUCUACCAGAUCGGAGUCGAGGACAACGGGCUCCUGGUGGGACUGUCCCCCGGAGACAUGAGCGCGUCUCUGCACACGCUCAGCCGCAUGGCCCACAAGGUUGGUGCGGACAUCGCUCUGCUCAGAGAACGGGAGGUGGACUUUGACUCAGACCAAAACGUGUCUCGUAAAAUCGCCGAGGUUUUGGUUCGGAAAGUUCCAGACGACCAACAGUUCCUGGACCUUCGCGUGGCCGUCUUGGGGAACGUGGACUCGGGGAAGUCCACUCUUCUGGGCGUCCUGACUCAGGGGGAGCUGGACAACGGUCGCGGUCGAGCUCGACUCAACCUGUUCAGACACCUCCACGAGAUCCAGACCGGACGCACCUCGUCCAUCAGCUUUGAGAUCCUGGGCUUCAACAGCAAAGGCCAGGUGGUGAACUACAGCGGGUCUCGGACGGCGGAGGAGAUCUGUGAGAGCUCGUCAAAGAUGAUCACGUUCAUGGACUUGGCCGGACACCACAAGUACCUGAAGACCACCAUCUUCGGACUCACCUCCUACUGCCCCGACUUCGCCCUGCUGGUGGUCAGCGCCAGCACCGGCAUCGCGGGGACGACGCGGGAGCACCUGGCCCUCUCGAUGGCGUUGAAGGUGCCUGUGUUCCUGGUGGUGAGUAAAGUGGACGUGGUGAGUCGUGCGGCGGUGGAGCGGACGGUGCGACAGCUGCAGAGGCUCCUCAAACAACCAGGCUGCAACAAGGUUCCACUGGUCGUCAACAGCCGAGACGACGCCGUCAUGGCAGCGCAGCAGUUCAGCCACGGGACCAGCGUGACCCCCAUCUUCACCGUCUCCUCGGUCUCUGGGCAGAGUCUGGACCUUCUCAAAGUCUUCCUGAACGUUCUUCCUCCUCUGAGCAACAGCAAAGAGCAGGAGGAGCUCAUGCAGCAGCUCACAGAGUUCCAGGUGGACGAGAUCUACUCUGUCCCUGACGUGGGGACGGUGGUGGGGGGAACCCUCUACAGUGGCGUGUGCAGAGAGGGAGAGCGCCUCCUGGUGGGCCCGUCGGAGCAGGGUCGGUUCUGGAGGCUUCGUGUCGGGAGCAUCCAGAGGAACCGGUCGGCGUGCCGGGUGCUCCGGGCCGGACAGGCCGCCACACUCGCCCUCGGAAACUUCGACCGCUCCCUCCUACGAAAGGGCAUGGUGAUGGUGAGCCCCAAGAUGAACCCCACCAUCUGCUGCGAGUUCGAAGCCGCCAUCGUGCUCCUGUUCCACGCCAAGACGUUCCGCCGCGGGUUCCAGGUCACCGUGCACGUCGGGAACGUGAGGCAGACCGCCACCGUGGAGAGUCUGCAGGGGAAGGAGGACUUGAGGAGCGGUGAACGAGCCGUCGUUCGGUUCCGGUUCCUCAAACAUUCAGAAUAUCUGAGACUCGGAGCCAAACUCCUGUUCAGAGAAGGACUCACCAAAGGAAUCGGACACGUGACCCGACUGCUGCCCGGACCCGACCAGAACCAAGAACCAAGACCGGGACCAAGACCGGGACGAGAACCAGGACCAGAACCACAGCCAAGAGCAGGACCAGAACAUGGAUCAGAACAAGAACAAAGUCCAGGGCCUGAGACAGAAGAAGGACCAGAACCAGGAUCAAGACCAGGGACAAGACCAGGAUCAAGACCAGGGACAAGACCAGGGACAAGACCAGGGACAAGACCAGGGACAAGACCAGGGACAAGACCAGGGUCAAGACCAGGGUCAGGACCAAGACUGGGGCCAGAAUCAGAACAUGGACCAGAACAAGACCAAAUACCAGGGCCAGAAACAAAAGAAAGACCAGAACCAGGACCAAGACCAGGGCCAGAACCAGGACCAAGACCAGGGCCAGAACCAGGACCAAGACCAGAGCCAGAACCAGGGCCAGAACCAGGGACAAGACCAGGACCAGGGCCAGAACCAGGACCGAAAGCUGAGUCUACAUAAAGGUCAGAGCAAAACC